UGAGUGUGUGUACAGAAGAUGCUGAGGGUGCUGGGGGCCAGCUAACAGCUUCUCGGCUCAUGUGUGGUAGCUGUCAGAGAGAAGGGAGACCGGAGUAUUGUGCUGGACAGAAUGUCUGGUACAGCCACAAGGUCAGCUGUCAGCCGUGACUGGAGUCAUCCUAGCCGGGAGAUCUCAAGGGAUAUAUGUUCCAGCGAUAACAACAACCACAACCCUUUGGCCGUGACCUGGGGGUAGCAUGGACCCCAAACUCCAAGUCCCCAGAAACAAAAUGGGACUGAGAAAGGUAGACUAUCUUUUAACUCCUUGAAGGGCAAAGUCUUCUUUGGUCCAGAAGAUGGGGAACAUUACAGCAGGCAAUCUCUCCAACAACUGCACCAUCGACCAUACCAUUCACCAGACUCUGGCUCCAGUGAUAUAUGUUUUAGUGUUGGUGGUGGGUUUCCCAGCCAAUUGCCUCUCUCUCUACUACGGUUAUCUGCAGAUCAAGGCCAAGAACGAACUGGGGGUCUACCUCUGCAACCUGACAGUGGCUGACCUCCUCUACAUCUGCUCCCUGCCCUUCUGGCUCCAGUAUGUUCUGCAGCAUGAUGACUGGCCCCAUGGAGACCUGUCCUGUAAGAUCUGCGGCAUUCUCCUCUACGAGAACAUUUACAUCAGCGUGGGCUUUCUCUGCUGCAUUUCCAUCGACAGGUACCUGGCAGUGGCCCACCCUUUCCGCUUCCACCAAUUCCGCACCGUGAAGGCUGCUGCCGGGGUCAGCGUGGUGAUCUGGGUCAAGGAGCUCCUGGCCGGUGUCAUUUUCUUCAUGAAUAAUGAGGUGGUGGAGGAUGAGGACCGACAUCGGGUCUGCUUUGAGCACUAUCCCAUCGAGGCGUGGCAGCGGAACAUCAAUUAUUACCGGUUCUCGGUGGGUUUCCUCUUUCCCAUUUGCCUGCUCUUCUUCUCCUACUGGGGCAUCCUGAGGGCUGUGCAGAGAAGCCACGGCACUCAGAAGAACAGAAAAGACCAAAUCCAGAGACUAGUGUUGAGUACCAUGAUUAUUUUCCUGGCCUGCUUUCUGCCCUACCAUGUCCUGCUGGUUGUGCGCAGCCUGUGGGAAGUUAACUGUGAGUUUGCCAAGGGGAUCUUCAAUAUCUACCACUUCUCCCUUCUCCUGACUAGUUUCAACUGUGUGGCUGACCCGGUACUAUACUGUUUUGUGAGUGAGAACACCCAUAGGGACUUGGCCAGGUUGCGCAAUUCUUGCUUUGGCUUCCUGACCUGUUCUGGGAAGGGAGGGUCCAAGGAGUCCUACCCACUGAGCAGCCCAGAGGCCUCUGGGAAGAAUGAAUCCCGGAGGGAGGAGCCUGAGCUGCUAACUAAACUCCACCCGCCAUGCCCGGUCACUUCCUGUCCUGGAACAGGAGGGACUAGCCAGGAAUGUUAGACCAGGCCAAGUCAUUCAGCCUGGAGGUACCAGUGAUGUGAUCUGUGGGCUGGAGCUGUCUUCUCUCCAAAUGGGCCUCUCUGCUGGCUUCAGUUCUAACACCCAUGUUACCUACAGGCUCUCCGCCUAGAUAAAGCCUGAAAAUUGAGUGAGAAUAUGAGCCGUGGACAAAUGUUGCAGCUCAGCCGGGUUCUUCUACCCCUGACCUCCACCCUCUGAUUGUUCUAGGAAAACCCACUCAGACACACAUGCUGAGUGUGUGCAUAAACUCCAAGAGAUUCCCAGGGGCUUGAGGUGCCGCUCCACAAAGCUCAGGCUGUGACUGUCUCUCCAUCUUAUCUGGGAAAGGGAGUGUGAAUUGUAGCCUG